UCAUACACCGAUGGACCACCAGGUCCACCUGGAUUGCCUGGUCGUCCAGGAAACCCCGGCCCACCAGGAGCUGACGGAUACCCAGGUCCCCCCGGACCGGCUGGCCCACCUGGUCAAACUGGAGGUCCUGGAGCUCCCGGUCUUCCUGGCCUCGAAGGUCUUCCCGGUCCAAAAGGUGAAAAGGGAGAGAGUGGAAUACCUGGUGCCCCUGGUGUUACUGGCCCUCCCGGAAUGAUUGGAGCUCCUGGACCCAAAGGAGAACCUGGAGCGCGUGGUAUCCCAGGACAAAGCUUCCCCGGCCUACCCGGUAAAGACGGGCGUCCUGGACUUGACGGAGCGCCUGGAAGAAAAGGAGAACAAGGAUUGCCUGGAGUACGAGGUCCUCCUGGAGACUCGCUGAACGGUUUGCCUGGCCCACCUGGACCUCGCGGCCCGCCAGGUCCAAAAGGUUACGAUGGACGAGAUGGAGUUCCUGGAUUGCCUGGUGUUCCUGGACAGAAAGGAGACAGAGGAGGAACCUGCUCAAUUUGCUCACCUGGAACGAAAGGAGAGAAAGGAAAUCCUGGAUAUCCUGGACAACCAGGCCCGCAAGGAGAUCGCGGCCUGCCUGGCAUGCCUGGACCUACAGGAGAUCCUGGAGAUGACGGACUUCCAGGCCCACCUGGGCGUCCUGGUGCACCUGGUCCUCCAGGUCUUGACGGUCUUCCGGGACUUCCUGGACAAAAGGGAGAACCGACACAACUUGUACUUAGACCUGGACCACCCGGUUAUCCGGGAAUGAAAGGAGAAGCAGGAUUCCCCGGCCAGCCAGGCAAGGAUGGAUUACCUGGAACGCCAGGACUUCUUGGAGCACCUGGUCUGCCGGGAAUGCCUGGAGAAAAGGGUGAACCAGGCCUUCCGGGACUACCUGGUAAACCAGGAAAGGAUGGAUUACCUGGACUACCAGGUCUAAAGGGCGAACCAGGAUACGGCCAACCCGGUCUACCUGGUCUUCCAGGACAGAAAGGAGACAUGGGUCCAUCUGGACAACCUGGACUUCCUGGUCUACAAGGACCACCGGGACCCGUUGCCGCCCCUAGCAUCGUGCAACCAGGAGCCCCUGGUGCACCUGGAGCACCUGGACUACCAGGAGCUAAGGGUGAAGCCGGUUUCCCUGGAAGACCUGGCGAUGUGGGUCCACCUGGACUUCCUGGAGUGAGCGGACGCAAGGGAGAAGCGGGACUACCUGGCCCACCAGGUCAACCUGGAAUUCCUGGAAUACCAGGAGAGAAGGGACUUCCUGGUCUCAACGGCCUUCCUGGAAUUCCUGGUCCUAAAGGAGAACCAGGCCAA